AUGGACAAGCUGUUGCUUUGGGUCUCUGUCCUCAUCAGUCUCUCAGAAGCCUUUGUUCAGACAGACCUCAGCGGGAAUGUGUUUGUGUUUCCUAGAGAAUCUUCUAGUGACCAUGUGAACUUGUUCACAAAGUUGGAUAAACCUCUGCAGAACUUUACCUUGUGUUUUCGAGCCUAUAGUGACCUCUCCCGACACUACAGCCUCUUUUCCUACAAUACCCAAGACAAGGAUAAUGAGCUACUAGUUUUUAAAGAGAAAAUUGGACAGUAUGCUCUAUACAUAGGAAAAGCCAGAGUUACAUCAAAAGUUCUUGAGACGUUUCCUGACCCAGUGCACAUCUGUACCAGCUGGGAGUCCUCCUCGGGCAUUGCUGAGUUCUGGGUCAAUGGGAAGCCUUUGGUGAGGAAGGGUGUAAAGCAGGGAUAUUCUAUUGGAGCUCACCCCAAGAUUGUCUUGGGACAGGAGCAGGACAACUAUGGGGGUGGGUUUGAUAAGAGCCAGUCCUUCGUGGGAGAGAUAGGGGAUUUGUACAUGUGGGAUUCUGUGCUGUCUGCAGAAGAUAUCCAGAAUGCAUAUCAUGGCUUCCCCAUCAAUCCUAAUAUCCUGAACUGGCAGGCUCUGAACUAUGAGAUCAAAGGAUAUGUCAUCGUCAAGCCCCUGGUGUGGGCCUGA